GAUUUAGCUCGGCAGCGCGCGCGAUCUUUGGUCAUAGCCGUAGCCUCAGGCAGUGGCCGCUCGAGGUCUCGCGAGAGAACGCGAGCUCUUGCAGGACGAGAUUUUGCGAGGGGGACUCAGGUGUAAGAGCGCAGCGCAGCGCGUGCAGGGAGACAGAUAAGCGCCACCGAGACACUGCAAGGCAUCUCCUCUCUGCACCGGGCUCUCAGAUCUCCUAAACUUCACACCACCGCGACCUGAGACUGCAAAACACACACACACACAGACACUGACACACACACACACACACACGCACACAUACAUACACACACAUACACACACAAUUACACACACACACAGCAACCCUGGACCUGGAGCAGCAUCGUCCACUUUAUUUACAUCUUUAUUUAUUUAUGUUCUCUUAGCCUGCAUGGCUUUUUAUUCUAAUUAUUAGUAUUUUUUUAUUUUUAUUUCUUCUACUCUGCUGUGCACUUUAUUAUUAUUUUUUCGACAAAGCGGGACGCUUUUGCGGCAAAAACAAAACAGAAACAUCAUGAUGUCCAUGAACAGCAAACAGCCUCAUUUCGCCAUGCAUCCGAGUUUACCCGAGCACAAAUACACUACUUUACACUCGAGCUCGGAAGCGAUCCGGAGAGCGUGUCUGCAAACUCCACAGCUCCAGAGCAACAUCUUCGCGAGCCUGGACGAGACCCUGCUGGCGCGCGCCGAGGCCCUGGCGGCCGUGGACAUGGCGGUGUCGCAGGGCAAAGCCCACCCGUUCAAACCCGACGCCACGUACCACACGAUGAACAGCGUACCGUGCUCGUCCACGUCCACGGUGCCCAUCGCGCCGCCGCACCACCCGCACCACCACCACCAUCACCACCACCAGAACCUGGAACCACCGGACCUGAUGGACCACAUCAACUCGCCUUCCCUCGCCCUGAUGAGCAGCGCGCACGAGGCGGGCGGAGGAGCUGGAGGAGGCGGCGGAGGAGGUGGAGGCGGCGGUGGAGGCGGCGGAGGCGGCGGAUUGAUCUCCACCUCGGCGCAUCCGCACUCACACAUGCACGGCUUGAGUCAUCUUUCGCACCAGGCUGCUAUGAACAUCAAUUCCCCGCUCGGACACCACCACCACCCGCACCACCCACAUCCAGGGCUUUUACCCAGCCACCCCGGUAGCGCUCAGGGCGCCUCCGGCCUUGUUCCCAAUGGACUUCCGUCCCUCCCCGACUCGGAUACGGACCCGCGCGAGCUCGAGGCAUUCGCCGAGCGCUUUAAACAACGGCGGAUCAAACUCGGUGUCACCCAAGCGGACGUGGGGGGCGCCCUGGCCAAUCUGAAAAUCCCCGGCGUGGGCUCGCUCAGUCAGAGCACCAUAUGUAGGUUCGAGUCUCUAACACUGUCACACAACAACAUGAUCGCGCUCAAGCCCAUUCUCCAGGCCUGGCUCGAGGAGGCCGAGGGUGCGCAGCGCGAGAAAACGAACAAACCCGAGCUGUUUAACGGCGCCGAGAAGAAGCGCAAGCGCACGUCCAUCGCCGCGCCCGAGAAGCGCUCUCUCGAGGCGUACUUCGCCGUUCAGCCGCGACCCUCCAGCGAGAAAAUCGCGGCCAUCGCCGAGAAACUGGACCUCAAAAAGAACGUGGUGCGCGUCUGGUUUUGCAACCAAAGACAAAAACAGAAACGGUUGAAAUUUUCAGCGGCGCACUGAUGAUGCUGAUGUUGAUGAUGGUGAUGAUGAUGAUGAUGACAGUGAUGAGGAUGAGGACAUUUUUUGGACCAAGGGAUCUACAGUCGUUUUGUAGGUCUGCUCCGACCCGGUGGGGUUUUUCAUGAUCACUCAGAUUUAUGACUUUAUUAUAGUGGAUGAGACUUUUACGUGACCCUUCUCGCGUCCUGAAUUAAUUUAAGAUGAUGAUAUUUAUCAUUUAUUUAUUUAUAUAUUUAUUUUCCCAUGAUGCUGGUGAAGUAUGCAAACUCCAGGUAAUCCAGACUUGCGGAGAACACUUAAUGCCUUUCCCCCCAAAAAACAGCGCAAGAACACAGAAAUUCGGGUUCUUUCCUUUUCCUUUUCCUUUUCCUUUCUUUUCUUUUCUUAAAAAACACUUUUAUUUGAAACGAUGAAAUAGCCAUGGAAGGAUUACCUCAUACUCCAAACUCGUCGUCCUGUAUUUAUUUAUUUAUUUAUUUCAUUUUAUUUAAUUUCUUGUCAGUUGAAUUAGCUAAUAUUUACGGAUCAUAAUUUAUUUCCUGGUUUGUGUGGAGCUUUAAAAAGUCGUUUCUGAUGGAAAAGCAGAGUCAAAAUGAAA